CAGGGACUUUCACUUUCUCUACUUCUUUAAAUCCUUGCAGAACUUCCUGCAAUUAUUUCAGAGUUGUUUCCUUUGGUGAAAACAGAUUUCAAAAAAACCUGAAUGUUGAGGAAGAAGAGGUGUGGUUUUUGUGGUGUUUGAACAGCUGAUUGGUCGACCAGUUUGUUCAGGUGUAAUCAUUAUUUCCUGAAGGUGAACUUGACCGUUUCAGUUCAGACAAACAGCAGCAUGAAGCUCAGCGGUUUCACCUGUGGACUGCUCCUCCUGGUCUUCUCCUCCACAGGAGCAGAGGCGCAGACAGACGUCUGCGGUAAACCCCCCCUCAACACCAAGGUGGGGUCCAGGAUCGUUGGAGGCCAGGCCGCUGCUGCGGGGGCGUGGCCCUGGCAGGUCAGGAUGCUGUUACCAGUAAUCGGGGGGACAGCUCUCUGUGGGGGGUCUCUGAUCAACAGCCAGUGGAUCCUGAGCGCCGCUCACUGUUUCAGCAGCACCAGCACUUCAGGUGUGGUCGUUUACCUGGGAGAGACACAGAGAAAAGGUCCUAACUCUGUGAGCAGGACGGUGUCCCGGAUUAUCGUACAUCCAAACUACGACAAGCUAACUCAGGACAACGACAUUUCCCUGGUGGAGAUGACCUCACCUGUGACCUUCAACGACUACAUCAGCCCCGUUUGUUUGGCGGCAAAGGGAAGCAACUUCCCGGCCGGGACCACCGCCUGGGUCACCGGCUUUGGGACGCUUUCAUCUGGAGGAAGUACCUCUUCCACUCUACAGGAAGUGAGCGUUCCCAUCGUGUCCAACACUCAGUGUAGGGACUCUUACAGUUCACUCACCAGCAACAUGAUGUGUGCUGGUCUGACAGAGGGAGGGAAGGAUUCCUGUCAGGGAGACUCCGGUGGUCCACUGGUGAGUAAAAACGACACCAGGUGGGUCCAGGCUGGAGUGGUGAGCUUCGGAUAUGAAUGUGCUCAGCCAAACUUCCCGGGAGUCUACACCCGGGUCUCAGAGUACCAGACCUGGAUCAGCAGCCAGGUCAGGGGCUCCCAGCCGGGAUUCGUCCGCUCCUCCAGCAUCUCAGCAGCUCACUUCAUCUCCAUGGCUGUGUUGCCCGUCCUCUUCUCCAUCUUUGUCCUCUUCUGAGAGCCUUGAAGAAGUUCUUCAGGACGCACAGAAACUCAGGGUCAGAACCUGCAAAGAAGUUCACUUUAGAAGAACGUCACCCCUGAAAAAUCUUAAGACGCGUUCAGUUUGUCCCUCUUGAGCUUCUGUACAGAAAUGAAUCCUACUUUUCUUUGAUGUGGGUGUAAAUGAAGGGAAUGUGCUUUUAGCAGGAAUGUCUGCACUGAUGAAGUCUGUGAACUCAGGAGCAGCUUUGCUGAUCCAUGGAACUUUGUGGUCUUUCACUUUGUUUUUCUGGUUAUAAUUUUAUUUCUGGAUGUUUUACUUUUAUGAUUUAUUCCUAAGGAAUUUCAGUCGUUGGUGCAAACGUGUCAUCACUAAGACUUAAAGAUGUUUGUGAUUGAAGGACCAAACUCUGUUUCUUAUUUCUUCCUGUAUUGAUUUUAAAGACAAAACUGUCAGAUAAAUGCAUCUAGACAAUAAAGAAAAACACAAAAAGAAACCACAACAAGUCUGUUUC